AUGGUUAGCGACAAUGGACAGGAAAAGGAAAAACAAGAGAGAGUAGAAGAAAUUUAUUAUACAACAUUUAAAUGUAGAGAAAAGGAUAAAGUAAAAAUAGGCAAAGAAGUCAGUGAUGAGAUAAUAGGAUCGGAAGAAAAAAAGGGACAAGACAAAGGAUACGAGAUCAGUGGUGCGGCAUUUGAUUCAAUUAUAAUUCCUUUAGAUAAAGAUUUGUUAUUUGAUUUAAAUAAUUUUGAAGAAAUAUGUGAUGAUCUAGAAGUUUUGGACGAGACAGACGUCAAUGUCGACAACAGCAAACAUAAAAUAACCAAUAGAAAGCGAAAUUGCAUUCAAGAAGAGAAGUGGGAAAUUAAAACACAAAAGAUACCUAAAUUAAAUACAGAGCAGUCAGCCGUCACUCUAAGUGCCAUAAAUGUAAAAUUCGAACAUCAUGGCAAUUAA